AAGUGAUUCAGUUAUACAUAUAUAUAUAAAUAUAUACUUGAUAUUUCAAAGUCUUUAGUCCACAUAUAAAUAAUAUGUAUGGAGGUCGUCAGCAGUAUUUUGUCAAUACACCUUCUUAUCUUGGAGUCUUGGGGCCAAUUUGGAAGUUUUCUUCCUUGAAGAUUAAGUAUCACGGUGUCAGCAACAGGGCCAACUUCCUGGGUGUCUGGCCUGUGUGGUCUCAUCAGGCCGCCGACCCAGGUUAAUGCUCCGCUGGCACUAUCUUGACAUUCUUAAUAAUUUUUUAACAAGCGGCCUGCAUUUUCAUUUUCCACAGGGCCCCGCAAAGUAUGGUGAGGAGCUUAGUAUUACAUGUUUACUUGUCAAGAGACAUAAGUGUAUAUACAUACAUUUAUAUUAUAAACAGCAUGAAAGAGUCACCAGGGCCGAACUGUGGGGAGGGACCGGAGUGGGCGCGUGGCGGACCCGAGAUUAUCUAAAGCCACGGGGAAAAUGGUGGAAAAUUCACCAUCACCAUUGCCAGAAAGAGCGACUUAUGGCUUUAUUCUUUUCUUAAGCUCCCAAUUUGGCUUCAUACUAUAUCUUGUGUGGGCUUUUAUUCCUGAAUCUUGGCUAAACUCCUUAGGCUUGACCUAUUGGCCUCAAAAAUACUGGGCAUUAGUUGCACUGCCUGUGUACCUCCUCAUUACUGUAGUGAUUGGUUACGUGCUUUUAUUUGGAAUAAACAUGACGAGUACCUCUCCACUCAACUCCAUUCAUACAAUCACAGAUAACUAUGCCAAAAACCAACAGCAGAAGAAAUACCAAGAAGAAGCCAUCCCAGCAUUAAGAGAUAUUCCUAAUAGUGAAGUAAACCAAAUGUUCUUUCUUGCAGCCAAAGAACUUUACACGAAAAACUGAAUUGUAUGUAGACUAAUA